AUGAGAUUAAACGGUUUAUUGUCAACCCUUGCUGAAGGUCUGCUGUGGGAAAAGCUCUUAGGAAAGUUGAACGGUUUUAUUUUUGAAGCAUCUGAUGAAGAUAACAAAGGCUAUUUAAGCAGAGAGGACUUUAAAGUUGCUGUAGUAAUGUCAGUUGGUUAUAAACCCUCAAAGUUGGAGGUGGAUUCAGUAAUGUCUUCUGUGAGACCACGAAAUUCAGAAGGUAGAGGAUUUUUUACGUUGGAAGACUUCAAGAAAGCAUUCAAUUCUGUUUAUUCUGAGUUAUCUGAAAGAUUCAUAGUUGAAGCCUUCAGAGAAGUUGAUCAGGAUUCUGAUGGCCACAUCAGCUUCAAAGAGUUUGAAUCUGCAAUAAAGUACGGACAAGAUGAAGUAUCAUCAGCAUACUUUGCCUAA